AUGCAUCAUUGUCUCGAAAUAGACGAAAUUCUUGCGGUCAUUGUUGACUACGCGUAUGAAAGCCGACCCACGUACGAUGCUGCAGAAGGAAUCUCCGUGCAGCGAACACAACUACGAGGCUUCGAUAAGGCUACAGUUCUGGCUCUUGCACUCACCUGCAGAUCAUUUACCGAUGCCGCUCUCAAUCGCCUCUGGCAUUCUCAGAAGGGUAUAGAUCGGGUGCUCCGGACCCUGCCUGCGGACGCGUGGUCCGAAAAACGGGCUGAUGUGCACAUUACGCGACCACUUUCCAUUGCGGAUUGGGGGCGCUUCGAUUACUACGCGGGCAAGGUCCGAGUGCUUGAAUUCCAAUCGAGUCGUAUUCACAAUCGGCCACCAGAGAAUUCUUACGAACCAUCCCCAGUCCAAGGCUUUCAUUAUCUUUUCACUGGACGAAAAAUACCGCUGCUAUUUUCUCAACUGCGUCAUUUCACAUGGUCUGGUAUAGGAAAUACUGGUCUUGCCCCUCUUUUUGUCGGGCAACAACUCGAGUUAUUAAACCUCACCCUCUCAGUACUUCAGCGAGCACAUCAAGCCUACGUGUCUCCUCCAGAUGAUUUGAAAUUCGCAUUGGGUAUUCUGCCAAGGCUACAAUGUUUCUUUAUCCACAAUCAAAUGAUUCGGACGCCAGUGGAGCCCUGUUCGGCUUGGGACAUUUUUGGCUCAUGCAGCAACCUCCGUGUCGUCCGCGUCGACCUGAAACUUUCUACAAACGAUCUUGUUCGCAUAGCUCUCAUGCCUUCACUAGUUGAAUUUCACUUCGUCGCAAAUUCCAACGAUGACCUGGCUCCCCUCCUAAUGAUUCGAGACCAGCCUCUUUUCCCUUCCCUCCGCACCAUUGCUCUAGGCCAGUCUCGCAACCGUUGUGGGGCAGAUAUUUCCUCGUGCGCUGCCUUACUCGAGAAAAUGAAUCCAGGUGUUUUACAAGACAUCAGUCUUGAAGUCGUAGGCACGUCAUCAUCUGCUAUGCGCAGCAAGCUCCUGUCGAGCUUGCGUAUGCAUCGCUCGACUUUGCGGAAGCUUCGUCUUGUUGGCUUACGAACCAAUCCCGCUCCUAUUCAGCUCCUCCGUGAACAAGACGUAUUUGAAGAUUCCGAACUGGCCCCUCUUCUCUCCUUCACCGGUCUCACCCAUUUAUGGCUCUCGUUCAUCUGUCGAUAUGACCUGGGGGACUCGAUAGUUCAUCGAAUGGCGGAUAGCUGGCCUGCCCUACAAAGCCUGAAGAUCGGGGUCACUCUUGGAUGGGAUCAGAGGUCGCGUGUGACGACCUACGGUCUUGCGAGACUCAUCAAGACGUGUCCGCAAAUGCGGGAGCUCGCCCUCCCGAUAGAUAUCUCGCGGAAUUGCCUGGAUCCAGAGCGCGAUGAGCUCCCGCAGAGCCACCACAUUACGGCCAUCGACCUCAUGGAUUCCGCAAUUGUUACGGAGGAUGAAGGUGCACUUGAUACUACCGCGCGCUGCUUUGCGGCCCUACUUCCUGAACUCACAUGCAUCAAAUCGACUCGGCCGCUCUGGCAGCUGCCACGGCUCAAGGGGCCUGAUAGCAGCGACACGGCGCAGGCUUGCUGGACGGCAAUCCGGAACAAGAUUGUUAUGCUGUGUCCUGAUAGAGAGUACGUUGUUAGCAAGCAUGAUAAUAUGUGUCCCAUUCCUCGUGGACUCGCGACAUGCAUGGUAUCUAGACUGAGGUCAUAA